AUGGCGGCGCGGGCAGCGGGUGGCUGCUCCUCGGCGGCGCUCGCCUUCUUCCGUCUCCACCCGCUCCGACGCGCCGUCCGCCCAGCCGCCGCUUUUGCUGGAGGGUGCUCCUCUGGCCUCUACGGCGGCUGCCGGAGCCGCCUGGCGCAUAGUAUUGUGGACUCCGUUCUGGAUGAGCUCCGCUCCCGCCGGCUCGUCAGGGUAUCGGCAAAGAUAGGAUUGCAGGGCACAAAGGAAUUGCCUGACAAUAAGAUAGACAAGAGAACAUUACAGAAAGGAUUGCUGCUUGAAUUUCAGAAAGAUUCCGAGAGAUCUUUGCUUGCUGUUGUUGAAAGGCCUGAUGGAAAGAAAAACUGGAUGGUGACUGAUCAGAAUGGUAUCUUGUCUUCGAUAAAGCCCCAGCAGGUUAUCAUGAAUUUUGACUAUUCAAGAAUAGAUGAGUUUCUUGAGAAAAUGCAAGAUCUUUUGGACCCAACUGUUUUGGAAUGUGCUUGGAUGGAGCUGUCUGAGAAGGAUAAAUCAAUAACAGUUGAGGAAUUUGCAGAGAUAGUGUAUGGUACCAAGGAGUCUCUGGAAAGCUACUGUGCACAUCUCUUGUUGUCAUUUGUCAAGGGACGUAGUAUAUUUUGUCAAGGUAGAGAGCAGAGAUUACUCCAUGUACCAACCUCGUUCACCUACUCAGAGGAACUCCUACGACGGAAGCUUGCUAAAGAGGCAGCUGAGAAGGAACUGGAAGAAUUUGUCCACUUACUCAAGUCUGCCAAAGAAUUGCCUGUGGAGUCCAAGCCUCCUAAAACUUCAUGGUUGGUGGAAGAAAAAGUCAGGCAAAAAAUUGAGGCUCUUCAAGCAUACGCAGUUGAUGCAUGUGACGAUGAACAAAGAAGACUAGCAGGAAAUAUUCUCAAAGCUAUGGGAUUCACGAGGACAUCAUCAGCUGCUCUAAAGCUCCUUAUAAAUGUUGGAUACUUCCCUGUGCAUAUCAAUCUCGACCUUUUCAGGUACGAUGUCCGUAUAAGGUACACGGAUGAAGUUUUGUCAGCUGCAGAGGAGCUUCUGGUGGACAGCCCUGAUGCAGACAUGCGUAUCAGGAAGGAUCUUUCAACUUUGAAAGUGUAUGCCAUUGAUGUGGAUGAGGCUGAUGAACUUGAUGAUGCAUUGAGCGCAACUAGGCUUCCUGAUGGUAGGAUAAAGGUCUGGAUACAUGUUGCUGAACCAACAUGCUUGGUCAAACCUCGUAGCAUCAUUGAUAGGGAGGCAAUGCACAGAGGAACCUCAAUCUUUCUACCAACUGCUACCAUUCCGAUGUUCCCAGAGAGGCUUGCCAUGAAUGCUAUGAGCUUGCAGCAGGAAUAUACUCUAGAGAAUUCAGUCAUCAAACCUACCUAUAUGUUGACAUAUGAGAGUGCAACUGAAUUGCUUUACAUGAACCUGGAAGAAGAGGAAGAACUAAGGAUUCUUCAAGAAGCUGCUUCCAUUCGUGCACAGUGGCGUCAUAGCCAGGGUUCAAUAGAUACUGCGAUGAUAGAGCCACGUAUCAAGGUGUCAAAUCCUGAUGAUCCUGAACCAAAUAUCAAUCUAUAUGUUGAAGAUCAAGCCAAUCCAGCAAUGCAGCUUGUAUCUGAAAUGAUGUUACUUUGUGGCGAGGCAGUGGCUGCUUUUGGUUCUGACAACCACCUCCCUUUGCCAUAUAGAGGUCACCCCCAGUCCAACACAGCAAUGUCAGUGUUCUCUCAUCUACCUGAGGGGCCUGCAAGGAGCUUUGCCAAUAUCAGUGUGCUCCGUGCUGCAGAAAUGGAUUUUCAAAAACCUGUACCACAUGGUGUACUUGGUAUUCCUGGUUACGUGCAGUUCACCUCUCCUAUUCGAAGAUAUGUUGAUCUGCUAGCUCAUUAUCAGCUUUCUGAUAGUGUCAUCAAAUUCGUUAUUUAA